GGUCCCCAGCGCCUGAGCGAAAGAAUUCCCCGCUCUUUGGGGCGGGAGUCUACCCUGAUCGCUGAUCGCGCCGCGCCAGCCGGCUAGUUUGCCGGCACCUGCGUCCCAGCCGUGCCCGCGACCAUGGCCACCGACUCGUGGGCGCUGGCGGUGGACGAGCAGGAAGCGGCAGCCGAGUCGUUGAGCAACUUGCAUCUUAAGGAAGAGAAAAUCAAACCAGAUGCCAAUGGUGCUGUGGUCAAGACCAAUGCUAAUGCAGAGAAGGCAGAUGAAGAAGAGAAAGAGGACAGAGCCGCCCAGUCCUUACUCAACAAGCUGAUCAGAAGCAACCUUGUCGAUAACACCAACCAAGUGGAAGUCCUGCAGCGGGAUCCAAACUCCCCACUCUACUCGGUGAAGUCCUUCGAGGAGCUUCGGCUGAAACCACAGCUUCUCCAGGGAGUCUACGCCAUGGGCUUCAACCGUCCAUCGAAGAUACAAGAGAACGCAUUGCCUUUAAUGCUUGCUGAGCCCCCACAGAACUUAAUAGCCCAGUCUCAGUCUGGUACUGGUAAAACAGCUGCCUUUGUGUUGGCCAUGCUCAGCCAAGUAGAACCUGCAAACAGAUACCCCCAGUGUCUGUGCCUCUCCCCAACUUACGAGCUCGCUCUUCAAACGGGAAAAGUGAUUGAGCAGAUGGGCAAAUUUUACCCUGAACUGAAGCUAGCUUAUGCUGUUCGUGGCAAUAAAUUGGAAAGAGGUCAGAAGAUCAGUGAGCACAUUGUCAUUGGCACCCCUGGGACCGUUCUGGACUGGUGCUCCAAGCUCAAGUUCAUUGACCCCAAGAAGAUCAAGGUGUUUGUUCUGGAUGAGGCUGACGUGAUGAUAGCUACUCAGGGCCACCAAGAUCAGAGCGUCCGCAUCCAGAGGAUGCUUCCCAGGAACUGCCAGAUGCUGCUUUUCUCUGCCACCUUCGAAGACUCUGUCUGGAAAUUUGCCCAGAAGGUGGUCCCAGACCCAAACAUCAUCAAACUGAAGCGCGAGGAGGAGACAUUGGACACCAUCAAGCAGUAUUACGUCCUGUGCAGUAGCAGAGAUGAGAAGUUCCAGGCCUUGUGUAACAUCUACGGGGCCAUCACCAUUGCUCAAGCCAUGAUCUUCUGCCACACGCGCAAAACAGCUAGUUGGCUGGCAGCAGAGCUGUCGAAAGAAGGCCACCAGGUGGCUCUGCUGAGUGGUGAAAUGGUGGUGGAGCAGAGGGCUGCAGUGAUUGAGCGCUUCCGAGAGGGCAAAGAGAAGGUUCUGGUCACCACCAACGUGUGUGCCCGUGGUAUCGAUGUGGAACAGGUGUCUGUCGUCAUCAACUUUGACCUUCCCGUGGACAAGGGUGGGAACCCGGACAACGAGACCUACCUGCACCGGAUCGGGCGCACCGGCCGCUUUGGCAAGAGGGGCCUGGCCGUGAACAUGGUGGACAGCAAGCACAGCAUGAACAUCCUGAACAGGAUCCAGGAGCAUUUCAAUAAGAAAAUAGAAAGACUGGACACAGAUGACUUGGACGAGAUUGAGAAAAUAGCCAACUGAGAAGCUCCUGCAGUCACUGGUGCCGCCCUUGGUGCUCCCCCUGCACGGGACACUAGUGCUUUCACGGCACAGGCCUCAACAGUCAACACAAAGAUGAAGGCACGAGGAGAGAGAAACUACCUACCUCAUUUUAAAUUAUGUUUGGACUUGACAAAAAUUGUACAAGUGAUGGGGGAAGGUAGAAAAAAAUUGUUUACACAACUUUUGAAGAUUAGGCAUGAAUACACAGAAAUUUACCUUUUGGAAA